CGAACAUAAACGUUUCAGAGUACCUCGUGUCUACGCCUUCGCUGCUAGAAGAUAGGAGGGAAGACGACCCUUCUCCUCGAUCUUUCGUGGUUAAACCUUCGCCCUUUAAUUUUUAACCAAAAGGACUAAACUUGCCAACGAAGAUAACGUUUCAUGGAAGAGUUCUUAUACUUUUAUUGAUAGUAUCCGUUCCUGGUCCGUGGCAAAACCAUCACCACACCAGCGUUACUACUACCACCACCACCAUCAGCAGCACCACCUCCACCAUCACCAUCACCACCACCAUCACUAUGCCCCAUCGUCAUCACCAUCUCCCUGGUUCCUCUGUAACGGAUAGGCUUCACCUCCGCAGGACGGAACUCUAGUACGCUUCCAGUUUCGCCCUCGAGAGUUCUUCGCGGUUUAGUAGGAACGUGCUUCUCGCAACGUGCACCUCGAGCUCCUCCAUGCUCGCCAUAUUUGAUCGCGCGGGAAGAUGACACAUGAGUGACAAAGAUGGGAGGAUGCACGUGAUCGUUUCUUCAGGUUCUUUACCAAAGAUGACGAGAAUUUUCUGAGAGAGAGAAGAAGAAGAAAGAAAAGAUAGAGAGAGAGAGAGAGAGAGAGAAAGAGAGAUCGGGAAAGAGAAAAUCUUACGAAGGCAGAGAGAGAAAAAAGAAAACAAGACGAUCCCUUAUACGUAAGGAUGCGAUUGCGUAGGAGAAGAUACACGAAGCGGUGACGAGAGGACACAAGGAGAGUUGUCUCGACAUGAGGCUAAGUCCAAUAUUUUUUUCGUGUGCCACGGCGAGCUUGUUAGGUUCUGUUGAAGCCAUUCGAAGUCCUUCGUCUUCGAAGGAUUACGAAUUAUCAACAGAAUUCUUCCUAGUACCGUCGGAAGAUACAGCCGAUAGAAAUGGUUUGGCGAGCGUGGCCAGCGUUAUCAGCGUACCGGCACCUAACAGAACCAUCUCCGUCUUCAGGAUGCCUACUAGGAAGGGCCAGGAACGCGAAACCGAAUCCAGUAGACCGCCAAGCUCGCGUUUCCUUCUCAGACAACGACCUUGGGCUCUUCCCCUUGCAGCCCUAAGUGCCGCAGCGAUGCUACUCAUGGCUGGUUUCGAGGUUUUCGUACUCCUCAAGGCAAGAGCAGCAGCUCCAAACAGACGACACUUGUUCCUAGGCCAAGCUUUGUUACUUGGUCUCUUUCUUUUGGCCGGACUUUCGGCUGCAGCUUCUCUCAGUCAAAAUCCUUUAUCUUGUGCAGCCUUCAGACUAGUCGGUUUACCAGCGGCCCUCGUAUUUGCGGCCCUCCUCGUCAAAUGUGUCUUCCUUCUUUCCUUGAAUAGCGGGGUCUAUUUGCCAGCACCUUAUCAAGCAUUAGUACUGGUAUUUGCAGUACUGGUACAAGUAGCCAUCGUUGGCCAAUGGUUUUACGGGGAACCACCUGCAGUUAUCCAAGUUCAAAACGUUGAUCAGAGUGGUCCGGUUGCAUUGGGUUGCAAAACUCCUCUCGGACAGACAGUGGCUUCACUCGGAUAUCCAGGGAUACUGUUAGUAGCGGUCGCCUGUUUGGCCGUUCGUGCACGUGGUGUUCGUGAUAAUAAUAGAGAAGCUGCUUUCAUCGGACUUGCCGUUGGUUUAUCAUUGCCCAUUUGGAUAUCAAGCGCGAUUGGUUCAACAGUAGCGUCCUCCGAGAGCGAUAAGGAGGCAUGGCUGGCCUAUGGUCUCCUGACUACUUCUUUUCUCGUAUUUUUAACGAUGUUUCUGCCGAAGGGUCGGCAAUUGGCUGCCCUUGGUCGAGAAGGACCCACAACCGUCAUUCGAGAUCGCGAUGACGCACUCAGCUCUCUACCUGGAAGCGGCUACUCCCCUUCCUUUUUUCAUUUCAAACCUGCCGAAACGUCCUUGAAAAGGAAGAUGCACUAUCACAGCGCUGAUCGCGUUGCGUUGGUCUCAUCAGGAAUACCUGGUUGCAGUGCUUGUAGACAUGGGGGAAGUCCACCAAUAUAUUCUGAUGAGGUUCAUGGGCCGAUGGAGACGUUUGUUUUACCAUCCGGCAUGUAUUUGAGGCCGGAGGAUGCUGGAAAUCUCUACACAACUUUAUCAGCAAAUCCAAACGUAUUUUUCCAGAGAGCAACACAUCCGGGGAUGAUGUAUUGAUCCCUCUCUCCCUCCUUUCCUCUCCUCCUCCUCUCCAUUCCUUUCCGUUUCCUUGAACUAUCGAUUUUAAUCGACCCAAACGAACUUAAAUCCAAACAAUGUUUGAUUAAACGCAUUGACUGCCACGUAAAUUUUACGAGUUUUUCCCCGCAGAAGCCACAUUUUAAGAUUAAAUAUAAAACAGUAUAAUAACGUUAAUCACAGAUGAUCUACGUGGUCUCAUUUUAAUGAAAAAAAAAACGCUUUGUGGCAUUUAAUGCGUUAAAUUUAAUG